AUGGUAAAGAAGAUUCUAUUCCUCAAAUUCUCUCUCUUCAUCAACAUUAACAUUCUUUCGAGGGCCCAUUUCCAGCCAAGACCUAAACGGUAUUCGCAGCAUCUUCAUUUAGCUGUUAGCAUAGUUUCGGACCUCCGUCUGGACAGACCGAUAAAUCUACCAUUAUGGAGCGUCGGAGGGAGCCGUUCGCCGCAAGAACGUGUAGAGUCUUUGGACCAAUGGAGGGCUCUUCUAGGAACAUAUUACCUAUCAUCAUGCUCGAGCAUUGUUCUUCAAAAACUUCGGAUUAUUACUCUAACAAGCUACAUGACGGAGACUGCUAAUAGAUUAGUCGAAGCAGCUGAAUGUCCCACAGAUCAGUACCUGCCCUACAUAAUUCGCCUACAACGGCUCGCUGAGGAUAUUGACGACAUAGUCAAAAAUGAAUCGACGCUAGAUCCAAUGCAGAUACAAGCAGCUGUAUCAGAUGCCAAAGAAAGGGUAGAUAAUUUCAAGAGAACAUUGUCUUUCCCUCUUGGUGACUGUCCGCUUCUGGUACCCCAGAUGUACACAAUACAACUUUGUCUCAACCAACUUUCAUUACCAGACUCACCGUUCGGCCUAAGUAAACCUCAAAAUCCCUCCAUGCAACGUUUAAUCCAAGGGUUGUCGGAGAGCAUCGUCUCCGCCAAAUCUCUUGCAAGCGUACUUCUUCAUACGCCUCCAGGCCAGGAAGUCUACUUCCCCAACAUUGUCUGGGUCAUGCUCUAUUGUGGAAACACCCUGGCAGUCCGAUUAGAUCUCCAAGCAGCGGAUCCGAGGAUAAGUUUCAUGACAGAACAUCUUCGGCAAUUUGCCGACAUUGGCCACACGAUCCGGCAGGUUGUCUUAAGACUUGAAUCCGCCACCUCGCCGGAUCUAGAUGAUAAAGGAGACCGCGAUUCUUUUUACCACUUUUUGCUACGGACACGACGGGUCGAGAAGUGGUAUUUAGAGCAACAGCGACAAUUCAGCAUGGAGCAUCGAACUUUGCCGAAUAAUUUGAACGCGUCAGCCACCACAUCCUUUCCAGGCGCUGGUAUAGAGGUAACUGGCCUACCGCAUCUGGCUGGUAAUAUCGAUUAUUCGGUCGCGCAAUCGCCGUUUCCGCAAUCAGCCAUCGCUCCAGCGUGCGAUGACAUGAUGUAUCGCGAUUUUGCACUUCCCGGGAACGCCACCAUGCACUCGAGCUCAGAAGUCUCUAUGGACGAUUUAUCAUUCGUAAAAGAUACUUUCAUUCCGUUUAAGAGUUGGAGCUACUCUAUUGCAAGAGAGGACAGUGGUGUACAAUUUUAG